AACCGCCAUCUUUGCUUAUCGUAUAAACAGUGCGACCGGGCUCAGCACAAAUUCUUGUCGAGAAAUAGCGGUUUUUCCAGUGUUUUUGAGUGAUUCGAACGCGAGGAAAUGUCCGAGAUCAAGGCGGAGAACAAGAACGACAACAGCAUCGAGGAUGUGUCGAAGGAUCAUUCUGUAGAAGAGAAACCAACUCCAACGAAAAACAAACGAGGAGGUACGAAAAGACUUUCCACACUCGAAAGGACAGCUCAAGAAGGAGAAUUACUCAUAAAGGAUUUAAAUGCAUCCGUUGGAGAAAUGGAAGGGAGAAGGCGUACGCGUAGUUCAGCACGAGGCCUUAGCUCGUCGACGCCUGUGCCAUCUCCACCUAAAAAAGAAAAGCGGGAAACAUCGACGAAGAGUACUGGUCGUGGACGCGGGCGACCUAAACGGCAAGAAAAAAACAACGAAAAUAACACCGACGAAGAAGCAGCAAACAAUAAGAGCGAAAAGCAUUCCGAGGAGGAAUCUAUGAAAAUUGAUGAGGAUGAUAAUAAGGAGGAAACAGAAAAGUUGGUAGACAACGAGGACAAAAGUGUUGCGAAAGCAGAAAGUAAAGAAACUACAGAGAAGACACUGGAGUCCAAUUUUAAGGAAGAAAAGAUAACAGAAGAAUCGGAAGAUUUUGCGGAAGAAACCAAAAGCACUAGUGUCAGUGAAGAGAAAAAGGAGGAAGACAUAAAGGAUAGCUCGGAUUCAAGUCAGGAUGCGACAGACACAGCGGCCGAAAUACCAUCCUCAUCUUCAACGGAGUCUCAAAACCCGUCUAAUACCACUACUACUGAAGAAAACAAGGAAUAACCUCCUUUCGCCUGUUUACCAGUUUCAUGUACCAGGGGCGGCGCACACAUUGGGGUUACAAAUCCAGUCCCCUCGUCUAUUUUAACAAAUUGACACCAUUUUGCCAAUCGUUAUCCUAAUCAGCGCACGCGAGUUUUAUUUUACUUUCAAUUUUAAUUCAAAAACGAAACAUGGAGGUAUGUUUACACUAUACAUUUGUUGCCAGAUUAAAUACAUGUUUUAGCAAUGUAUUUGAUGGUAUCGAGUGUACCAUAGAGUAUGUAGUUGUUUUAAUCGUUUUACUCCGUCGGAGUAAAAUUACUCGUUGCACUGGUUAGUUGACGAUAGCAAAGCGAGGUGUAGAGCAUACGUUGUUCAUGUACAAUGAUAAUAUUAUUGUAAAAUAUAUUUAAUAUGGACUUAUAUAGAGACAAGUUGUUUUCAAAUCAGAACUGAGGACGGACUCUAGCAAUAAUAGUCUUCAAUUCAGAUCUGAUAUGGAAGUAGCUGAAAUUAAUUCGUACAUAGAAAAUUACUGUAAUACCUUAUCUUAUAUAAAUAAUGACUGAAUGAAAUGGAAUAUAUGAGAAUUAUGGUGAAACGAUUUCUCUUUUUCAUGGAAUGCAGAAAUAAAAUUUCUGAAAAAACGCGCCGUAGCGUGAUAUCUAUUGUUUCCUUCCUUGCAUAAUGUUACUAAUAUUAACCAAUUUAUCAUUUUUUUUUAAUUAUUUAGUUCUCUUUGAUACUUUGUAACUAACACUUUAAUGAAAAUGUGUUUCGUUUCUAUCUUUCGAACAGAAAAUUAUUGUAAGAUAGACGUGUGCAUAUGUAUUUUUCGCUAUAGAAUUCCGCGACACGUUGAUAUUCUGUGAUCUGUAAAUCUACCUAUUAAGCAUUUUUUUGUUCAUAAUGGUCCAAUAUUAAAUAUGUUGAUAUUAUUGUGUAUUUGAACGGUUGUAAGUGUACAGAUAGAUUAUAUAAUUCAAUGCACUAUGAUUAAAAGAUUUACAUUUCUUAAGGAGGCAUAGAAAUGGAAUGAUAAAUCUGAUCAUCGAACGUUCGAAUGUUCAAACGUGUGUGCAAUUAAGAGAAACAAUUUUGUUACGAUCACGCUCGUAUUUCUUUUUAUCUACGUAAACGAGAAGCAAUUGUAGUUCAACAUUCAUUGGAAGUGUCUUAAAUCGACUUUAUCGAAUUUGUAUGCCAGAUAAAUUAUUAAUUUAAUUGUACGUUGUUGAUUGAACGUAAAUGUUUGUAAGCCAGGGCACAAGAAACAAUUAAAAUUGCGAAACUGAUUUCAGACCAAUAAUAUACAUACUUCCGAUCAUUGCUGUAUUACGAAAGGAUAGAUGGGAUUUGCCAUUCUAUGUAUUUCUUUUUUUUCUUUUUCUUAUCGGUAACAUUACGAGAUGAAGUGUCGGUUCGAUGAGAGAUUAAAAUCAAAUGCGAUACGCGUGUACAUAGUUAAGGUUAAGCUUCGUGUGUGGCAAUUGAUCUUAUCUCCAACGGUAGCGCGAAGGAUCGGAACAUGUGUGCCAGCGUGAGCACAGUCUUAUAUAAGAUAUAUAUAUAUAUAUAUACACAUAUACAUAUACAUAUAUUAUAUGUAUAUAUAUAUAGUCUCAAACGUGUUUUCCCUUAUUCAAUCAAACAAAAAGAUGACGUUUCACGCCAUUAUAUUACAUUUAAAGAUUUACCCCCUUUUAGGUAAAUAAAUGGUAAACAUAUUUUAUCUAUACAUAAGUAUAUAGAUGAUUAGCAUGUAUGGAAGAAAAUAUUGCCUAUGAGGUUCGAUAUUAGAAUUUUUAUGAUAUAUUUACAAUUUCAAGUGUAUUCAUUCAUGUAACAGCAGGCUAAAGUGUUUUUAUUAGAUCCAAACGAAUGCUUUAUUUCUUUAUUACAAGUCCAAUGCUUGCAUCUAAGAUUGUUUCCUUUUUGUCGAAAUAGUCUAUAUAAUUUUCUAUAGGGAUAAAAAUUGAUCGGCAAAAUCGAUGUUGAUCGAUUUAUUACGCCUAGACGCGCCGCGCAUGCUUGUACAUUUUUUCGAUAAAGUUUUUAAACAAUUCGUCCUACGCAAAAUGUAUUUUGAUAACACAUUUCAUUCAGUUUACGUGUAUUACUUUGACAUCCUGUGCAUUGCUCGUAAUUGUCGGUUUUAUUGAACUUAUUUUCGCAGAGUCAUUACGAUUUAACGUUCGAUUCGAUUCGUACGUUAGGUAUGUGCGAGUAUUUUACGAACGUAGAAAUUUUAACGUUAAUAGUUUCGAGACGAAGGAUUGCAAUGUUUUGUACGUAAUAAUUAUUUUUGAAUAUCGAAUGAAUCAUUCUCCGAGGCAUUUGGUAAAUGAUCGCGAUUAAACACGGAUAUACGUAUGAAAUUCAGGAUCGUUUUAUAAAUGUGAAAAUUUAAAUAAGUAUAUAAAUUAAUAGGCAUUACUUCAGCGUUAUGAAAACGGUAAGUUUUACGUGUAUGCGGUUUUUAAUACAUAGUUGAUACGUCUUCGUUAAAAAUAAUCGCUAAGAGAAUAUGGAAUGGUUGUGGGGGAAAAAGUGGAAUGGGAAGCGAAUGUUAAUACUUUUUUGUGCGACAAAAAUUAUAUUUCGAACGACUUGGAAAUAUUAGCGACGAAUGUAAAGGCAAUAGAUUUUUAUACGGUAAUAUUGGUUUGGUAAAAUUCACAGUGAUAUUUCUUUAUAACAUUCUUGCGAGAAACGUGACAUCGUUUCUUGUUUCCUUCGGAGGUGAAUCAAACAGUGUGUGCUAUCGAUAGAUCGAACAAAACGUUAUCACAGUAAGAAAUAAAAAAAAGAAAUUCUCAACUAAGUUGUCAUUAAUGUUGUGUACAUUGUUUUUCGAAGGUACGUUCUGUAUUUUAAUUAUCUACAGUCGGUGUUAUCGAGUCGUUUAACACGACUAAAAGUAAGAAUAAAACUCAUGUAAAAUGAAUUCGUGCACUGGGGUUAGGGGCUCACUACCUUCGUCCUUGAGGACCACGAACAGCAGAAAUUCGCUUUAACGAUGCACUAGAAACCAAUAGACUGUCGGUGUCUAAAAAAAUGAGGGAACUAGAUAUCUCAGCCUUUGUAUCCAGGUAUAAACUAGAAAAUAAAGAAUUGCUUAAAAGAUUCAGCAAAGAAUUACUCUCAACGACAGAAUGCUCAAGUUUGUUAAGAAAUAGCU